AUGUCUAAAACCAAAAACUGCGAGGCGGUCAGGGUGGUGGUCCGCUGCCGGCCAUUCAGCAGGAGUGAGAAGAUAGCGGAUUGCGAAAACAUUUUGGAGAUUGAUGACAAACUGGGGCAGAUCACCGUCAUUAACCCGAAGGCACCACCUGAUGAGCCGAUGAAAGUGUUCACGUUUGACUCUGUGUACGGCUGGGAUUCAAAACAAAGCGAAAUUUAUGAUGAUGCGGUGAGACCUCUCGUGGAGUCCGUGCUGCAAGGCUUCAAUGGGACCGUGUUCGCCUAUGGACAAACCGGGACAGGUAAAACACACACCAUGCAAGGGGGUUCAAACGACCCAGAGAGCAGAGGGGUUAUACCAAACUCAUUUCACCACAUUUUCACACAAAUAUCCAGAAGCCAGAAUCAGAAGUACCUGGUGAGGUCAUCAUACCUUGAGAUCUACCAGGAGGAGGUCAGAGACCUGCUGUGCAAAGAUAACAACAAGAAACUUCAGCUUAAGGAAAACCCAGACUUUGGAGUUUAUGUGAAAGAUUUGUCCUCAGUGGUGACAAAGAAUACCACCGAGAUCGAACAUGUGAUGAACAUAGGCAACCAGUCCAGGUCUGUGGGGUUCACUAACAUGAAUGAACGCAGCUCCCGGUCUCAUGCAAUUUUUGUCAUAACUGUGGAGUGCAGUGAAGUAGGGCCAGAUGGUGAGGACCACAUCCGUGUUGGGAAGCUGAACAUGGUCGACCUGGCAGGCAGCGAGCGCCAGAGGAAGACAGGCGCUAAAGGGAAGCAACUGAAGGAAGCAGCCAAAAUCAACCUGUCUCUCUCAGCACUGGGGAAUGUGAUUUCAGCUCUGGUGGAUGGGAAGAGCACCCACAUCCCAUACAGAGACUCCAAACUGACCCGCUUGCUCCAGGACUCACUGGGUGGCAAUGCAAAGACUGUCAUGAUAGCAACAGUGGGACCCUCGCACAAGAAUUUCGAUGAAUCCCUGGCCACGCUCAGGUAUGCCAGCAGAGCCAAGAACAUUAAGAACAAACCUCGGAUUAAUGAGGACCCCAAAGAUGCCCUGCUGAGGGAGUUUCAGGAGGAGAUUGCACGCUUGAAAGCCCAGCUGGAGGAGCAAGGGAUGCUUGCAAAGGAGAGGAGGAGGAGAAGGAACAGUAAAAGACUGAGUAAAAGUAUGGCUGGUAUGGACGAGGAGAUCCUUAAAGAGAGGGAUGCAGAGGUUUGGAAGGCUGUUCAGGAGGAAUCAGAUGUGAAAGAUUACAUGAAAGAGGGAGGUGACAUCCCCAAGAGCCUGACCUGCCAGGGAAGCUGUGAGAAGUUCAGGCCCCUGAGCGAACACAGAAAAAGUGUGGAGGACAUGCAGUGGGAUCAAGAUGCUUUGGAGAAGAUCAUAGAGAAAUAUAAGACUAUGGAGAGCAAACUGUUAAUUGGAGGAAAGACUGUAAUUGAUCACACCAAUGAACAACAAAAAAUGCUGGAGCUGAAGAGGCAAGAGAUUGCAGAACAGAUAAGACGAGAGAGGGAGAUCCAGCAGCAGAUGAUGCUGCAGGAUGAGGAGACUUUAGAAAUGAAAGAAACAUUCUCCUCCCUGCAGCAGGAGGUGGAACUAAAGACAAAGAAGCUGAAGAGGUUGUAUGCCAAACUACAGGUGGUGAAGGGGGAGAUGAAAGAUGUCAUUGAUGAACACAUCAUGACCAGACAGGAGCUUGAACAGACACAGAAUGAGCUAACCAGAGAACUCAAGUACAAAUAUCUCUUAAUUGAGAAUUUUAUACCUCCUGAGGAAAAGAACAAGAUUAUGAACAGGCUGCACUUUGACAGUGAGGAGGAUCAGUGGAGACUCCAACCGGUCAUUCCAUCGGAGAGUGCACCCACUCAGGUCAAGAGAAGGCCUCUCUCUGCUGUGGGAUACAAGAGGCCAAUCAGUCAAUAUGCACAGAUGGCUGUUGCCACAGCAACUGGGGCCCCAUCUAGAUACCAGGCUGAGAAUAUAAUGCUGUUGGAGUUAGAUAUGUCUCCACCAACCAUGUUCACCUUGAACCUUAAUGGAGCUCACCUGGAGAGGGCCUUCUCUCCAAGGCUGAUGCAGGAUCUUCUGGUGAAUGGUCCAAUUAGAGAGAGGACCACUGCAUCAUCACGGGUCAGGAAAUCCCAAUCCUGGUAUCAGGCUCCGCAAGCAGCAUCCGUCACAUCAUCAUCAUCCUCCACCACUCUGGCAUCAGGAUCUCAGAGCUUCUCUCCCUCUCAUAGGCAGAGACCAUCCUCUGCUGCCUAUCUUCCAGUGGGAGGUCCAGUUCAGACAAGCCCCUGAUAUGUGUCGAUAGACCCGUACUGUAGGACUGGCCUUAGUUCAAGGUGGCACCAAGUAGUCCAG